AUGGACGUGGUGACACGCGCCGAGCCGAGCCGGGCCGGACCAGGCCGGCCUGUCCACGGCCUGCAGGCCACCUGCUUAGUUAGGCGUGUUUCUUCAUCAAUGGCUAUGCGCCAGAGCCGACGCCGAUCAAUAGCACGUCUAGCUCAAGCCAAAAGGUUGACUAGACCAGACACAGCAGACUGUUUCUCCACUUUUGCUCCUGCUGCCUCCACCGUCGCCGCUGUUGCGCAAGCCGGCAACAUUCGGCCACAAGGUCUCUUCGCUCCUCAGUGGCCGUUUGCUCCACCGGCUGGCGAGAUGGGCUGUUCUACUUCACCCUGGAAUGCGUCAAAAGUCGAGACAGAAGAGCGGUCGUCAGGCCUUAGCCUGGCGGGAGCUGAAAGUUACAAGGGCAGAGCUAACUUCAGCACAUAA